ACGAUUUCAUUCAGAACACUGGCGGCUGGCUUUUCGCAGACUUCAGUUCAUCAGAGACGAAAGAAAAAAAAUCAUUGCUCAUCGGCGGAACAGACGAAAAAAUAGCCGCAUAUUUUCUGCGGGCAGCGGUAAAACAGUGAAAAAGCUUUCGGAAAACUAGACAGUCGGAAAAGUUACAGGUUCUGAACGCGGCGGAAUUGUGUGUGUGGUCCUUCCCUGGUGUCGUGUGCUUCGUGAGGAAAAAAUGACGGUGGAAAAUAUGCCUAAAUUCGGCCAAAAUAUCCCAGUGCUGGUUAUGUGAUCGUUUGUGAUACAGUUGCUGCUGGUGUUGGGUUUCUUUGUGUUUUCCGAGAAAUCAGUGCGACAGCCUUGGGGUGAAAGUUUUUUGGUAACAUAAGUUCUAAAAAAAUAUAAAUAUACAUAAAAGGAAGUAAACGUAAAGGGUAAAAUCAAAGCCAAGAACAAACACGCUCGGAAGAAAAGUGGCCAAAGAAGACGAAGCGCAAAAGAUCACACAGUCGGCGGAGCAGCCGCGGAAGGUUCCUCGCGAUCGCGAGUCGCCGCCCUCGACAAGCGCAAACACCACACACAACAAACACGAACGAGAAGGAGGGAGAGAGACCGAGCGGUUUGUGAUCUUUCAACCGCUUGGCUUCUUUCGAAGGAGCAUUUCGGAUUUCCCAUUUUGCUUCCUCCCCCUCAGCCAGCCAGCCAACCGUCGUUAUCACCGUCUUUCUCAAACUUCGUAACAUCACACAGUAUUCCCCAGCGGCACCACCACCACCAUCAGUAUGGACAGUUCGCAGCCACAGUCCACCGUCCAGGCGCAGUAUUCCUUCAAGGGUUCGAACAAUGACGAGCUGUGCUUCACCAAGGGCGACAUCAUCACACUUACCCAGCGCGAAGAGGGCGGCUGGUGGGAAGGCACCCUUGGCGACAAAACGGGCUGGUUCCCGAGCAACUACGUCAAGGAGUACGCCGGUCCACUACCGCUAUCGGAGACGAUACGUCCACCGGAAGACAUUCAGGCUUUCCGAUCGGUUGUGUUUCGAGAUCUGCUGGAAAGCGAAAGGGCACACGUAGCGGAGCUGAGAGGGUUGGUGGAAAACUUCCUGGAGCCUCUGCAGAGUAGUCAAAUAUUAAAUUUGGAUGAGUAUACACAGUUGAUGUGUAAUUUCGUCGAGAUUGUUGAAAUGCACGAAGACUUUCUUCAAAACCUAGAAGAAUCGAAUGAUCGCGUCGGAAAAGUAUUCCUUACGAAUGCACCCACCAUGAAGAAGAUCCACCAAUGUUAUUGUGCGGCUCACCCUCGUGCCAUUAUUAUCGUUGACAAAUAUCGCGAUGACCUCAAUGCGUUCAUGGAAAAGCAAGGAGCGGCCAAGCCGGGUCUAUUAGUACUAACAACCGGACUAUCAAAACCGUUCCGCCGACUGGAUAAGUAUUCUGCCAUUCUGCAAGAGCUUGAACGACACAUGGAGAGUUGUCAUGCCGAUCGAGGUGACACUCAGCGUAGUAUAGCAGUUUACAAGGACAUCGCUUCGUCCUGUUCGGCAACGCGUAGGCAAAAAGAACUGGAACUGCAAAUCCUAACCGGGCCGAUUCGCGGGUGGCAGGGCCAAGAACUGAGCACCCUAGGGGAAAUCAUCCACAUGGGUAGUGUGGCGGUUGGUCCCGAACACAAGGAUCGCUACUUUGUCCUCUUUCCGCAAACGUUACUCAUUCUAAGUGUUAGUCAGAGGAUGAGCGCUUUCAAGUAUGAGGGAAAACUUCCCCUGACCGGUAUCAGUGUGAAUCGUUUGGAAGAUUCCGAACAGUUGAAGAACGCAUUUGAGAUUACGGGAUCGCUGAUCGAUCGGAUUGUGGCCGUUUGUCAGGGACCGAAUGAGGCUAACAAAUGGGUCGAUCUACUCGGGGCGAAGCUGACUGGCGGAGGAGGAGGAGGAGGAGCAGGCGAUGGCCAACCGGGAAAGGAUAUGAAGCGAAUCGUUAGCAGUUCGGCGGUCAACAUUCCCCAGCCUCCACCUCAUAGUAAAGAAACGCUCGACUCACGGGGAUAUAGCACCCGCGUGUCCGUAUGUGCAUACAGUCAGAACUUCCAGCCGACUUUUCCACCUAGCUCUUACCCGCCGACGGCACCGUACGCAGCCCUAACGUCCUUCUUUCGACAACUGGUCAAAGCUGGCGCCAUGUCCCGGUACAUUGUGCAGGCGCUGCUCUACCCCCAAAUCACGCAGGACAUCGACUUUAGCGAUGUAGUGAUGCGCCGGAAGCAUCGAACCACCGUUCGAAUGUACCGCCGGGACCGCGAAGCGGAGAUGAACAGAGAAGAAUCUAACGGGGAGGGGAAAUCCGGGAGCGAGGAUUCGUGUACUUCGUCAUGCUCAGGUAGAUCGAACAAUCUGGAACGCCAGAAUGCGUUGGAUUACGGUGACGAAGAUCCAUAUGAAACGAUUACCUUCUUCACAGGCCGGAAAAAUGACUCAAGUGCAACUCGGGAAGGGACGGUUUACGAAAGCUACAUCGAACAGGCGGAAGACGCCGACGACGAGCAGGAUAAGUCGUUUUUCUUCAUUCAGGGUCAAUCGGUGAGCGAGGAGAGAAAGAGUAUCGAGAUUCAUGGUUCGCAUAUCAUUGGUUCUAAAGCGAUUCCCUGUUUGAAAGUGAACGACUGCGAGUCGUUCGACAGUGGCGAGGGUCGAGGCUUAGUAGGCUCUGUACAUACUUCCACGGCACGAUUGCACCUAGGGGAGAUCAAACAGCAGUGCUCGGAGCAGUCUCAAGUAUCUAGUUUUGAGCAUAGAGUAGGCCAUGGCCGUAUGGCGUGUGAGGAUUUAGUGAACUUAGAUGAUUCCAUGAAGAUCAAACAUUCGCUUCAACAGAAACCAAUAAUCGAGGAAAGGCACAGCAUGCCUACUUUGUUCGUUGGGAAUCGUUUCGCAAGUUCUUCGAUUACUGAGAUCUAUAUCCCUUCGUGGAAGGAUCAACAAGAAGUACAACAGCAACAACAACUCAAGCAGAAACCCGUAGAUAGCCCUGCCGUUAACCGCACCAGUGUACAUUCCAGUUCGCUCGAUAUUCCAGCAUCCGAAGCAACCAUUUCCGUGCCGGACAACGUAUCCGCUGAGCUUUUAUAUAACUUUCACAAUACGAUAUCGAGAGUCUCAUCAGCGGUGUCGUGCAAAAUCCCUUUGUCUAACCCGAGUUCCGACGUAGGCUGUUUGUCCCGUGAGAUGUCACCAUUCCGUAAGCAUUCAAUAAAUUCCGAUAAAAAACUUCUGCUAAAUCAAACUCAUCUCAGAAAGGGCAAUAGUGAGGAGGAUCAUCCAUCCAAUAAGUCUAGCAGGAGGUGUGUGAGCUAUCAAUACGUAACUCUUGGACACGUUGAUCGGUUGAAUGAGACCAAUUACAGUACAAAUCAAAACGGGAGAGAAUGCGAGACUCCUAGCAAGCAGGCGAAUCCAGAUAAGAACCAGCGUCCGAAGGAUCACCAUUUCAAGUGUCGCUUUUGCAGUACCAGCAGCGGGUCACACUGUCAUAGUCCGCGAUCGAGUGAUUCAGGUAUGGCUGGUAGUUGUACGAUAUCCUCACCUGAUCCUCCUAAAUUAUCGGGCGAUUUUCUUCUUUACGAUUCAGAGCAUCCCGAGCUAGCCACCGAUGCUACCCUAAACUGUAGCGCCGAAAGCGGUGAGCAUAGCGUAGAUAAUUCUUUACGGCACUCACGCUCGAGUCACAAUAUCGGACGGUUCGCGUUACUCCGCGACAGCGAGCUAAACUAUAUCGACAGUGGCCAGUUUGACCAAAGCAAUCAAUUUCAUGAUGAUCACCAUCGGAAUAACACCCUGCGAAGCGAGGAUUCCGAGCUGAUGGAUCCAAUGAAAUUCACGCGUAGUAGAAGCGAGGAACGACAUUCGAGUGACGACGACGAAGGAUCAUCCACCAAAAAGAAGGAAUACACCGGUCGUAGUCGGAUAGUCGUUAACCUGUACGGAUGCCGAAGAUCAUUCGAACCGGCGGACGACUCUGGCGAUCGUGGAUCGCAACAACAAGGAACAAUCUAUAAGACUGGACUGUAUGCACAUUGGUGGAAGAAGGAAAAGUUGCCUAUUUUUGUGAUUAGCCAUUGCGACGCCGAUCGGAAGAAGCUGAACCGUAACGCCAGUGAAAAGAACGACUCUGCUGGUGGCUCUGCUCGGGAACUUGAUCGUGUCGAUGCCGUUCGGGGUUCAGAUGUCCCCACCGACGACGACGGCAACGUCCGGCAACAGUCAUCCAUCGUCACGAGGCAGCAGCUCUAUCGCACAGCACAUGUCGCAACACAAACGCAGCCAGUCGUUCAACCACCACCUGAGCUACAACCAGGUGCAGCAGCAACACCAGUCGCAGUCGCAAAAACAGCUGCUGGCCAACUUCGCAAGCCGGAAUUCCGACCAAAGCCAACAGCAACCGGUGCCAAACCUAAAGGGAAUCAAGGAAAAAGCUAAUUGGAAAAUCACUAACCUCAGACCAGCCCCCUCCCUGCGGCCGGCUCUUCUGAACGGCAGUGGCGGCGGUGGAGGUGGAAAUGUUAUUGGUACCGGUAGUGGUGGUGGUGGCGGAGGUGG